AUGAGCUCCAUUAGGUCUAGGAAAGGUUGUAGACAAUGCAAAAAAUGGAAGAUUAAGUGUGAUGAAAAUAAACCUAGAUGUAAUAACUGUUACAGAAGAGAUGUUAAAGACUGUGAUUAUAGUAUAAUUUUGAAAUGGGGUGGGAGGCCUUAUAAGAAUUUACGCAGAAUGUCAGGACACUCAAGAAUACCACAAUUAAAAUUGAAAAAUGGAGUUCUCAUUUUAAACAAGAAUCAUUCAAAGACACAAAAGAAGACUUCAGGGGAUAUUUCCAAGUUGGUUAAUAAUACAAAACUUAUUUCAUAUAUAAUUGAACCACUUGAAAAUUUUGUGAUCAGAUCACCAAGCUUUUUACCACCAAUAUUAACGUCUUCACGUUAUAAUAUGAAUGUUUUUGAAUUUUAUUUGCAAAAAACGUCUCAUAUGUUAAUUCCAACUGGUCCUAAAAAAUACUUGAAGAAUCCAUUUAAAUUGUUGUUACCACAAAUGGCUAUGCAAAAUGAAACUUUAUUAUAUCUGUUAUUAGCAUUUGGUGAUACACAUAAAGGAAAUUUUCUGAAUGAACCAUCCACAUUUUUGUUAUCCUCAUCAUCCAAAAAUCAUAUAACUGAUUCAUCUGCAAGUUUGGCGACAAUAAAUUCAAUAGAAAUGUAUAAUCAAUCUUUAGAAAAAUCAUCUUACUAUUUAGACGAUAUUUGGUUUUUAAAGAGACCUCCUGCUAUUGCAGACUAUCUUUUAUUUACUGUAUUAAAAAAUUUAUCGGUCUCGUUAAAUAAUAUUGUCCAAAGAACAAGAGAUGAAACUUUAGCCACUAUUUUAAUGUUGUCUAUGUUUGAUAUAUUUUUCAGUGAUAACAGAAGAGUAUGGAGGAAACAUUUACUUGGUGCACGAACUUUGAUUAAUGAAAAAAUUAAUACAUUAGAUGUUGAUUCAUUUAGAGUAGAACUAUUUUAUGAUGAAAUGGAUCCAACAUUUUUUUUAAAUAGAUGGUUUACCUAUGUCAAUAUUAUCAGUUCAUUAUCUUCCAUAAAUCAAAAUUCAAUGGAUUUUCAAUUCAAUAUAUUUAAACAUCUAUUCUACGAAGUUCAAAAAUAUGAAACAGACAAAGAUUUUCUUUAUAGUAAAAGAUAUCAUCUAGAUGAUAUCGAAUAUUGCACAGGAUUGGACCCCAAAGUAUUAUUAUAUCUAGGCCAAACUUCAUCUUUAGUUAAUCAAAACUAUAUUAAUGAAGAGGUUGUAAUACAAGCACGAAAACUAGAUCAAGAGUUAAUCCAGUAUCUUUACGUUUCUGAAUGUGCAAGAGAUAAAAUUCGUAGGCAAUAUUAUCAAAUAAAUGAUAGUGGUAACCAUAAGGAUAAUAUUGCAGAUAAGUACCAAACAUAUGAACUAUUACGUGCUACCAACAUAAUAUAUGGACUUACUGGAUCCCUUCAAUUGAAAAGAAGAGUAUUUGGAUAUUCUUCAAAUCAUUAUGAAGUCGAAAAACUUAUCCAAGAAAUAACAAAUCUAUUAAUCAGAUAUAUUCCACCAAAAUCCUCCACUGCUGCAUGUAUUAUUUUUUGUUUAUUCUGUUGUGGGUGCGAUCUUUUUGAUAACUCAUGCUUAUCUUUAAGAGGUGUUUAUAUGGAAAGGGUUAUUACCUUAGCAAAUGCUGGUGUAAAAAGUGCAUAUAUGGCAAAUAUUAUCAUGCAACAGUGUUGGAAGUUGCAUAAAAAUUGGUGGGAAUAUUUAGAAGAAGAACAAUUAGAUGUUACUUUUGCAAUUUAA